AUGGCUGCUGCCAGUGGCGAGAGGUUCUACCAGAACAAGAACCUUCUCCGUCUGUACGGGCUCAUGAUUCCUGGCACCCUCAUCGUGUCGGCUACCAUGGGCUACGACGGCUCCAUGAUGAAUGGCCUGCAGGCGGUCGAGCGCUGGAACACCUACUUCGGCAACCCGACUGGCUCGUUGCUGGGCAUCAUGAAUGCUAUUCUCCCCCUCGGUGCUGUUUUUGGCAUUCCCCUUGCAGCUUGGGUCUCGGACAACUAUGGUCGGCGUUGGGCCAUGACUGUCGGAGAUGCCAUCAUGAUCAUCGGUGCAAUCAUCCAGACUGCCAGUAUCAACAUGGCCAUGUUCCUCAUCUCCCGCUUCGUCAUAGGUUUCGGCCUGACCGUUGCUGGCUCGUCCGCGCCAAUGUUGACUGCAGAGCUGGCCCACCCGUCCUCGCGUACCACCAUCACCUCAAUGUACAACACACUAUGGUACGUCGGCAGCAUCAUCGCUGCUUGGGUCACGUACGGCACGUUCCGCAUCAACAAUGACUGGUCGUGGCGUAUCCCGGCCUUGUUGCAGCUCAUUCCGUCCGUCAUCAACCUCGCCGGCUGCUGGUGGCUCCCUGAAUCGCCGCGCUGGCUUAUCGGCAAGGAACGCUACGACGAGGCCAAGGAGGUUCUGAUCAAAUGGCACGGCAACGGCGAUGCCAACUCUGAGCUUAUGCAGCUCGAGUACACCGAGAUCUACGAGACUAUCCAGCUCGAGAUGUCCCUCGGCAAGCAGUCAUGGAAGCAGCUCGUCAACAGCCCAGGCAACCGCUACCGCACGUUCCUGGUCCUCUGCUGCGCUUACUUUCCCCAGUGGAGCGGCGUCGGCCUUGUAUCGUACUACCUCGCUCCCGUCCUGCGCACGAUUGGUAUUGUCGACCAGGAGCGCAUCACUCUUAUCAACGGCAUCAUCCAGAUCUGGAACAUGAUUGUCUCCAUGGUCGGCGCCAAUCUUGUCAACCGCCUCGGCCGGCGCAAGAUCUUCAUCUCUGCUACGACUUGCAUGCUCCUGAUCAUGGUGGCCUGGACCGUUGCCGGGUCCCAGUACAGCGUGACCAAGUCCGAGGCUGCCGGCUCCGCGGUCCUCUUCUGUGUUGUGGCCUUCAUGUCCGCAUACAACUUUGCAUGGAACCCUCUGUCCGUGGCCUACCCCGUCGAGAUUCUCACCUUCCCAAUCCGUGCAAAGGGUGUUUCCCUCCUCGUCGGUGCCGUCAAGAGCGCCAGUUUCUUCAACCAGUUCGUCAACCCCAUCGGCCUCGCGUCUCUGGGCUGGAAAUUCUACAUUGUCUACUGCUGCUGGCUGGGGGUCGUCUUGACCGUCAUCAUCUUCAUGUUCCCGGAGACCAUGGGCCGCACCCUGGAGGAGAUUGCCUUCAUCUUCGACAAGGAGGUCUAUGUCAACAACACCGACGCCGAGAAGGUACUCAACAACGACGGCGCGCGUGAGAGCACGGAGGAGCACGUUGCCGACAAGUCCGGCGCGGCUGUGGCCACUGAAGAGAAGAAGUAG